AUGGGUCUUAUGAAUUCGUUGUUGCCGUUUCGUAAGAGUGUGCAUUUCAGAGGGGGACGUGGGGAACAUGGGAGAGGGAAGAUGCAGAGUGUAGCUAAAGGAGAUAGUGUUGUGGUGAAAGUGGCUCCUGGGACGGUGGUGAGACAGGCUAGAGGCAAAGAGCGUUUACUAAAUGGAAGAAGAAAAAGUAACACACUAUUUGUUAAAGCUGGUGAUGGAGGGAACGGUGUGGUGGCGUUUAGGAGAGAAAAGUUUGUUCCUUUUGGUGGACCUUCUGGUGGAGAUGGAGGGAGAGGAGGGAAUGUAGGGGGACGUGGGGAACAUGGGAGAGGGAAGAUGCAGAGUGUAGCUAAAGGAGAUAGUGUUGUGGUGAAAGUGGCUCCUGGGAUGGUGGUGAGACAGGCUAGAGGCAAAGAGCGUUUACUAAAUGGAAGAAGAAAAAGUGUAAGAGAGCUUGACUGCUAA